AUGUUGGUUUGGUUCUUUAACUGGACCAAAGGUGGAGGUGGAGUACUGUGGCAGAUGAGGUUACGCACCCCGCUACCAGGAGCUCCACAAGCUAGCUUUGAAAUCACAAUCAAUGGCGAGCUCAUCUUCUCUAAGAUCGCUCUUGGCGGCUUUCCCUGUGAGAAUGAUGUCAGGGAGCAAGUCCAACGUGCACAUGAUGGGCAAAAACUCAAUGUGAUCACCAAACAUGGAGGCAACUCCUGCCUCAUCAUGUAA